AUGCCUACCUGCCCACUGUGCAUUUUCCCCAAUUUCUGGACAGAUCAACUGGGAGACUACCUACAAAUCAUGUUUAUGUUUACUUUUAGAUUUCUGAUUUUACAUGGGCUUUUAGUUAUUUUCCUCUUCAAACAACAACGUGCUAAACGGAUGGAAGCAAUCAAAACCUUCCAAAAGGUGACUGGCAAACGUGAACAGAAAUCAAUGUUGAAGAAGGCGUGUGGAAAAAUAUUUGAAAUGAUCAGUAAAGGUCGUGCGAAGUUGGAUACUAGGCCAAUUGUACAAGGCGAGACAACAUUUCCUUUAGAUCGUGAUAUGCAGGAAGCAUUGUAUGAAGUCCUUAAAAAUACUGCUAUGUUUUCAGAAAUAGUGUUACGGUUUACCGAAAUUGCAAAAUCUUUCCUUAGCUCCAAUGAUGAAUGGAGUGCUACUUAUCAGUGGGGUCUUGCUUAUUGCAAUCAUAUGAAACAUUUGUUAGAUAGUACUGCCUUCUAUGCGACAAAUUAUGCGGCUCAAGAAUUGAAUUAUGUUGAAAGACACCCUCAGUAUGUCAAUCCAUAUAGCAAAGAUAAAAAAUCAGAAGUUACUUCAACUACUAAACCACCAAGAAAGACUCGAAAACCCACUAUAAAAAAAGGACCAAGGCUACAUGUACCAUUCAAAGUAGAAUUAUGA